AGAGACAAUUCUCGGCGAACCCUGAAGCUAUAACUUCUUUUUCUUUCUUCCAGUAGGUGAAAAAAAUCUCGCGAUAGCUAUGUGCCGCAGACGAGAAGAGACAGUGGCAAAGUCCAUUGGGCUUUCUGCCUCUCAGCGGAGCUUAUUGAUUGGUAGAGGAAGUGCCAGUUUCCCAUCAAGUUCCUCCCUACGCCCGCUGUUGCUGAAGGUGGAUCAUGUCUUUAAGAGCAUGUGGUUUUAUCAUUUUCCGAAGACCUCGUAUUCCCAAAGUGGACAACAGUGCUAUUGAGUUUCUCCUGCUACAGACAUCAUAUGGAACACAUCACUGGACUCCUCCUAAAGGUCAUGUGGACCCAGGAGAGAAUGACUUACAAACAGCUUUUAGAGAGACCCAGGAGGAAUCUGGCCUGGAUUCCAGCCAGCUGAAUAUCAUUGAAGGAUUCAAGAGUGAGCUGAACUACGUAGCCAACAGCAAGCCCAAAACAGUUAUCUACUGGCUGGCCGAGGUGAAGGACUACAAUGUGGAGAUUCGGUUGAACCCCGGGGAGCACCAGGCUUACCGCUGGCUAAACCUAGAAGAGGCCUGCAACCUGGCUCAGUUUAAGGAUAUGGUGAAAACCCUCAGAGAAGGGCACCAGUUUCUCUGUUCCAACACAUCUUGACCCCAAGAAAGGGAAAGGCUUUUGAGACACUCAAGAUUCAGUCUCCUGAAGUUCUCAGGUGUUUCUUCUGUGAUCAGCCUUCUCCUUGGUUAGAUUAUCCAGUCCCACAGUACGAGGCACCCGAAGCAACCAAUGAAAUCAGGCUUUGAAAUCAAAGCAGGCAUCUUUGUUGUUGAAAUGAAAGAGUGAUAUGGAAAUAUAUAAAGCCAAAUCUCUGUGCUCAUCUAUCUGCAAAAUAAAUUGUCAGAAGCUCA